GUCUCUCCUUUCUCUCCCCCCGUCCUGUCCUGUCCUGUCGUGUCCUGCUGUAAACUGUUUUAAUCCAUGUCAGCUCUUAUGUGUUUUUGUCGUUCCAGUCCAUUUGUCUUUGUUUUGUGACCUGACGGUAACCUGCUUUAUUUUUAAAACUCUUCUGCACUCGUUAUUCUUUAAUAUGUGUCGGCCUUGUAUGUGCUUUGUGUUGCGGCCUUGUUCCGUAUCUGAUUAUUUGUGCUCUGUUUACUGUUUAGUCCAUUCACUCUUAAACCUCACUUCCUUUCAAAAGAAUUUAGCUUUGCAUGAGACACGAUGAGGUUUUCUGAUGAAAUAGAAAGUGCUCAUUUGUAUGUCUUGUAGACCGGCGGGGACAUCCCAAAGGACGAAGGACUGUAGCGGCAUUUUGAUGACCUAUUUAGACCAAAUAUUAUUAGACUGAGAUGUCUACAGCGCAUCUCCUCACUUUAUACUAUGAUGGCUAGAUUAUGUGAUGGACAGUCCAGUUUUAUUUGUAGCUGGAUUAUGUAGAUGACUUAAUACAGAGAAUUCCUACUGGGGAUUCUAACCUGUGAAGGGCCCAUAUUAAUUAAAACAGAGCCGACAUAAUACUGCAUGUAUAGGAGGCCCCAGUGAAACGGUCACGUAUGCAGGCUUUGCUGUAACUAUGUUCUGAGUGAGGAAAUAGAAUGAGAGUAGAGGGCCGACAGCAACUUUAAAUAUCACAUCACUCACCCCUUACAUGUGUGUGGUUUAGUGUGUACGUGUGCUAUGUUUUGGUUCUAGUGUACACACUAGUGUGGGAGGUUGCCCUAGUUUUGUGAUCAGUGUUUGCCCCUGAGAGCAAGGGUUUAACCUGACUGAUAAGUGAUUGCGUACUUCCCCAGUCAAAAGAAACAUCCUAAACUCACUGGAUUUGGCCCUAUUUCCUUCUGUCAUCCAUCAGUUGUUGAUUGCGCUGUUGUUUUAUUUCGCCGCUUCAGUAACUCGGCUGUAAAAAGAAAGCCCCGCCCUUCCAGGCCGUGGAGGCAAAGCUGUCGCUGGAUACCUUACUGCAGAUGACAGGAGCUCAGGUGAGAGACACGAUGCGAAGACUUGGGUCCAGCUCAGAAGAAUGUGGCAGACUCGGUGCUGCCCUCUCUUGUCUAAGGAGUGCUACUGAAUCAGGAGGCGAACUAAGAGAUGACAGCAGUCUCUGGCUGUCUGAGCCCACCAGGAGGGACAGCGGCUCUCUGCUGACAGCGGACCAGCUAACCAACCUGGGGACCCCACUCCGCACACACAGCCCCUCGCCUCUAGCCCGCCCAUCCACCAUCCAGUCCACCCCAUCCACUCCCUGCGCAACCUUCCCCCACCCUCGCUCAGGCUCGGUGUCAGCGGCGCCCACGCCAGACGCACAUGGCGACAGCCCUCUCACAGAUCCAUUCCCUAUGUCCUUCGCCCGCGCAGCCCGCCUCCAUGGGCACAUCUCCACCCCACCUAUAACGCCUCCUUCAAAGAGGCGUCACCGGUUGAAGCCUCCCUGCACCCCUCCCCCGCCAUCCCGCAAGGUACUGCACCUGCUUCCCAACAUCACACUGACGCGCAGCAAAAGCCACGAGUCUCAGCUGGGCAACCGCAUCGAGGACCCUCCCACCAACAAGUGUGUUAAAAAGAACAAGUUGUUCCUGAACAUGCAAGUCAACGGUAACGGAUGUGAGGAUUCGCCUUCUCGCUACCCCGCCGUGUCUGCAAGGACACCCGGUGCCACCCCAGCUGCCAACACAGCACCUUACACCCUUCCUGGAACUCCCACACUGCUGGAGGAGCACAGCACAAUUAAGAAUAAUGUAGCAGUGCAUCGCAGCUCCCCACAAGCAAUAAGGAGGGAUAUAGGGCUUGCAGUCACGCACAGGUUUUCCACCAAAUCCUGGUUGUCCCAGACAUGUCAAGUGUGCCAGAAAAACAUGAUGUUUGGAGUUAAGUGCAAACACUGUCGAUUAAAGUGCCACAACAAAUGUACAAAGGAAGCUCCAUCCUGCAGAAUCUCCUUUCUACCAAUUGCCAAAAUUCGGAGGACCGAGUCAGUUCCCUCUGAUAUAAACAACCCAGUGGACCGGCCGCAGGAAGCACCGCAGUUUGGCACACUACCAAAGGCUAUUACGAAAAAGCAGGAUCAUCCACCAGUGCUGAACCAGCUGGACUCCAGCAGCAACCCAUCCUCCACCACUUCAUCCACACCUUCCUCCCCAGCACCCUUCCAGCAGAGCAACCCCCCCAGUGCCACACCACCGCCCAACCCUUCACCCAAAGGUCAUCGAGACAGCCGAUUUAAUUUCCCGGCUGCCUGUUACUUUCAGCAUAGACAGCAAUUUAUCUUCCCGGAUGUUUCCAGUCCUGCACAUUUCCACUCAGAUGUUCUUCAGGACAGAGUUGUUCUGUGUCACAGCAGUGAGAUAGAGCAAUCAUCAGACGACGUACAUGAUGAGCUGGUAGAAGAUGACGAUGAAGAGGAAGGGGAUGAGGAGGUCGAGGUCGAAGAUGAAGAUCACGAAGGGGAGGAGGAGGAGGACGAUGAGGAGGAUGAUGAGGACAAUGUGGAUGGAGGAGAAGAUGAGGACGACAGAGGGGAGAUCAGGAUGCACAUGGGCUCCGACGGCGAGUGCGACGAGCUGGAUGAUCUGCCCAACUCUCGGGGAAACCAGUGGAAGGGCCCCAUCUCCCGCAAGGCCAGUCAGACCAGCGUUUACCUGCAAGAGUGGGACAUCCCCUUUGAGCAGCUGGACCUUGGGGAGCUCAUAGGAAAGGGCCGCUGGGGAAAAGUGCACAAGGGCCGGUGGCACGGCGAGGUGGCCAUCCGGCUUCUUGAGAUCGAUGGGAACAAUCAGGACCACCUGAAGCUCUUUAAAAAGGAGGUGAUGAACUACAGACAGACCAGGCAUGAGAAUGUGGUCCUCUUUAUGGGAGCCUGCAUGGCUCCACCCCACCUGGCCAUUAUCACCAGUUUUUGUAAAGGGAGGACACUCUACUCAGUAGUUCGAGACACUAAAAACACUCUGGAUAUUAACAAGACAAGACAAAUUGCUCAGGAGAUUGUAAAGGGAAUGGGCUAUCUGCAUGCCAAAGGCAUUGUUCACAAAGACUUGAAGUCAAAGAACGUUUUUCAUGACACCAAUAAGGUUGUGAUCGCAGACUUUGGCCUGUUUGGGAUCUCUGGAGUUGUUCAGGAGGGAAGGCGUGAAAAUAAACUCAAACUUCCACAUGGCUGGAUUUGUUAUCUCGCACCAGAGAUUGUGCGCAGAAUGAGCCCAGGUAACAAUGAGGACCGCCUUCCUUUUUCCACCGCAGCAGAUGUGUACGCCUUUGGCACAAUUUGGUAUGAGCUUCAAGCUAGGGACUGGCCAAUCACUAACCAGCCUGUGGAAGCUACCAUCUGGCAGGUGGGGAGCGGAGAGGGCAUAAAGAAGAUUUUGGCAGAAAUCAGCCUGGGAAAGGAGGUCACUGAAAUCCUUUCUGCCUGCUGGGCGUACGACUUGAGAGAAAGGCCGACCUUUACGCAGCUGGCUGACAUGCUGGAGAAGCUACCCAAACUCAACCGCAGACUGUCCCACCCUGGACAUUUCUGGAAGUCUGCAGAGUUGUAGCCGUCACUCUGAAACAAAAGCAAUGCAAAACAAAGCCUGGGUCUGCCUUGCAUGCUCCUGAAUCUUUAACUCUUACAGGAUUGAUCAAAGCAUUGCCUCUGUCUGAAACAGGCGCCACUUCCACUAAUCCACAGUCCGAUCUUCCAUGUUAUUUCCUUGUUCGGAAGAGAGGAUCGUUGGACUGAGGUGUGACGGACAACCGUUGUCGCCCAUCACCCUAAAUCCCUUCAUUCCUCUAAAAACAAAACAACAACAAAAAAAAUAGCUCUUUGACUUCCUUCUGGUCUUCUCCUGUAAUGUCAGUCGAGACUCUGAGGCUUCUGACUAACUGGCUUGUGGUGUCUGUGCUGAGACUGACUGGUGUGCUGUGGUCUGUGCCUGCUGAUGGCUGCCCUAUCCUCGGCCCUGCUCAACUUCUCUGUGCUGCUGUGAUGUGGUUGUUCUUGCCUGGGGUGGUCCUGACCACAUGGCUCUCUUUCUAUCUAAAACACAAAC